AUGCUUGGAAGGCUUUUGUUUCCAAAGAUUCUUGCCUUUGAGAUUAAUACUACAAAGACGUUAGUACGAAACGUAUCUUAUUUAGGACGCUUGAAACCAAAUGAUGGUUCGACCAAAAAUUAUAAACGUUUAGGACGUGGACCUUCUUCAGGAAAGGGUAAGACUGCUGGACGUGGGCAAAAGGGUCAAAAGGCAAGAGGGAAAGUGCCCAUUUGGAUGGAAGGUGGACAGACACCCUACUUCAAGCAACUUCCCAUGGUUGGAUUCAGUAAUAAACACAAUGCAAUGGAUUUCCAUGAAGUGAACUUGAGCAGAAUUCAGGAUUUAUGGGACACGGGGAGAAUACCUUUGCAAGCUGGAGAGACUUUGACAAUACGAGUUAUGAGAGAAUGUGGGCUCAUAACGGGCUCGUUAAAGGACGGAGUAAAACUUUUGGGGCUGUCCUUGGGUAAAUAUACUGUCCCCUUGAACAUAGAGGCUUCAAAGGCAACUACUGAGGCCGUUAAAAAGAUUGAAGAUGAUGCAAAAAUGUCUUUUACAGCAAGGUACUUUACAAAAUUGGGAUUGAGAGCUCAUGUGAAUCCCGCCAAAUUUUUAUUGAAAAAAGGAUAUGUGCCUCAACAAGCAAGGCCAACCAGUAAGAAAAACAUUGCUUAUUAUAGCGAUUCUGAAAAAAGGGGAUAUUUAAUCAAGGACAAAUCGAUACUACUUGAACCAUUGGAAAAAGCUAGGGAAGAAACAAAAACGGCCAAACCGAAAAAGAAAACAUCUAAAUUCAAGUCCUUAUAUGAACAAUUAAGCGAGGCAUCUUCAAUCGGCUACAAACCAACAAAUAGAACUGUAAAUAUUCAAGAAUUAGCUUAA